UGGGCGGUGUUUAUCGAGGCAAAAUCCUCGGCGUGACGAUAGUACUUUGCAAGAUUGGAUUCAUUGGGAGUCACCGAGCUGCGAGUAAAGUUCUGAGGGAAAAAUGCGAUUGAGUUCACGGAAAGUGAAUAGAUUGUCCUUGGCCAGACUUUCGGAGCCGAUUCGCGAGGUUGCAGGCCUUAGAGAGGAAAGUUGCAAGCGUGACUGUAGCGGCAGGGCAGCGCAGAGGGCUCGGCUGCCGUGGUGUGGCGCCGGAUUUUGGAGCCCGUGGGUCCGCUCGCCAUACCUCACCGCGACUCCCCGCUCGCUCCAGAACCCCGGGACCCGGCGGAGGUUUCACUGCUCCCCCAGUUGUCCAGCCGCAGAUGCAAUUUACGAGGAUGCAUUUCGCAAAUCUACCGAGGAACCAGAAGAGUUUUGGAGCGAAUGUGCCCAAGAGAUUGUCUGGUUUAAACCAUGGCAAAAAACUCUGGAUUUUUCAAAUCCGCCUUUCGUGCGUUGGUUUGUUGAUGGUGAACUUAAUGUGUGCUAUAAUGCACUAGAUCGUCAUGUUGAAAAUGGGCAGGGAGACCAAGCUGCCAUCAUUCAUGACAGUCCGGUCACUGGGACCACACAAACCAUUACUUACAGAGAAGCUUUGGAACAGGUUUCCCGGUUGGCUGGCGUCCUGGUCAAGCAUGGAGUAAAGAAGGGCGAUCGGGUUGUCAUUUAUAUGCCAAUGAUCCCCCAAGCAAUGUACACCAUGUUGGCUUGUGCAAGAAUUGGAGCCACACACAGUUUGAUAUUUGGUGGCUUUGCAUCAAAAGAACUUUCUGCUCGCGUGGACCAUGCUAAGCCAAAACUGAUUGUAACAGCAUCAUUUGGAAUUGAGCCGUCAAGAAGAAUAGCAUACAUACCAUUGCUGGAAAAAGCUUUGGAAAUUGCUGAACACAAGCCAGAUAGAGUCAUGAUUUACAAUCGACCUAACAUGGAGAGGGUUCAUUUGACCUCUGGUUGUGAGCUAGACUGGGACGAAGAAAUUUCCGCUGCUCAGUGUCACGAUUGUGUCCCAGUGUCUUCAGACCAUCCCUUGUAUAUUCUUUAUACAUCUGGAACAACAGGACUGCCAAAGGGAGUUGUUCGUGCAUCUGGGGGAUAUACCGUAAUGCUUAAUUGGACUAUGUCAAAAGUGUAUGGUCUCAAGCCUGGUGAGGUUUGGUGGGCUGCCUCUGAUCUAGGCUGGGUAGUAGGACAUUCUUAUAUUUGCUAUGCACCUCUUCUUCAUGGCAAUACAUCCAUCUUGUAUGAGGGGAAGCCUGUUGGGACCCCAGAUGCCGGAGCAUAUUUCCGCCUAUUAUCCGACUACGGAGUGGUAGCUUUAUUCACUGCACCAACGGCACUGAGAGCAAUUCGCCAGCAAGAUUCUGAGGCCGUGCUUGGAAGACAAUACCAUUUUCCAAGAUUCCGGACCUUGUUUGUGGCUGGGGAGCGCUGCGAUACAGAUACUUUGAAAUGGGCCAAGCAAGUCUUCAAUGUUCCUGUUCUAGAUCAUUGGUGGCAAACAGAAACUGGGUCUCCAAUUAGUGCAUCUUGUGUAGGUCUGGGGAACUCUCUAAACCCUCCUCCAGGACAAGCUGGAAGACCUGUUCCAGGAUACAAUGCAGUAAUUCUGGACAAUGACAUGAAAGAAGUGAAGUGCAACGAACUGGGGAAUAUUGCAGUCAAGUUACCUUUGCCUCCAGGUUCAUUGGCAACACUUUGGGAAAAUGAAAAGUUGUUUAAAGAGCUUUACUUUACUAAAUAUCCAGGUUACUAUGAUACAAUGGAUGCUGGCUAUAUGGAUAAUGCUGGAUAUUUGUACGUCAUGUCUCGGGUGGAUGAUGUAAUCAAUGUUGCAGGUCAUAGGAUUUCAGCUGGUGCUAUUGAAGAGUCGAUUAUCACUCACCCAGCAGUAGCAGACUGCGCCGUGGUGGCCUUCAACGAUCCUAUAAAGGGACAUGUUCCACUAGCCUUGUGUGUUUUAAAGACUGGUGUAGCUGAGACAUUUGAAAAACUUUCAGAAGAGAUUGUUAAAAUUGUUCGGGACUCUAUUGGUCCAGUCGCAGCAUUCAGGAAAACAGUUUUUGUACCAGAGUUACCAAAAACUCGUUCUGGCAAGAUACCUCGUUCUGCACUUUCAGCAGUUGUAAAUGGCAAGCCUUUCUCAAUAACACCAACCAUCGAAGAUCCGAGAGCUUUCUUAGAAAUUGAAGCUAUAUUGAAACAGAAGAAAAUUGUAUCUUAACUUUGAGUGCGAUAUAUAGAAACAUAGAAAACCUACAGCACAAUACAGGCCCUUUCGCCCACAAAGCUGUGCCUAACAUGUCCCUACCUUAGAAAUUACUAGGCUUACUCGUAGCCCUCUAUUUUUCUAAGCUCCAUGUACCUAUCCAAAAGACUAUCGUUUCUGCCUCCACCACCGCUGCCAGCAGCCCAUUCCACGCACUCACCACUCUGACUAAAAAACUUACCCCUGACAUCUCCUCUGUACCUACUCCCAAGCACCUUAAACCUGUGUCUUCUUGCGGCAACCAUAGCCCUGGGAAAAAGUCUCUGACUAUCCACACGAUCAAUGCCUCUUAUCAUCUUAUACGCCUCUAUCAGGUCACCUCUCAUCCUCUGUCAAUCCAAGGAGAAAAGGUUGAGUUCACACAACCUGUUUUCAUAAGGCAUGUUCCCCAAUCCAGGCAACAUCUUUGUAAAUCUCUUCUGCACCCUUUCCAUGGCUUCCACAUCCUUCCUGUAGUAAGGUGACCAGAACUGAGCACAGUACUCCAAGUGGGGUCUGACCAGGGACCUAUACAGCUGCAACAUUACCUCUUGGCUCCUAAAUUCAAUUCUACAUUGAUGAAGGACAAUACACCGUAUGCCUUCUUAACCACAGGGUCAGCCUGUGCAGCUGCUUUGAGCGUCCGAUGGACUCGGACCUCAAGAUCCCUCUGAUCCUCCACGCUGCCAAGAAUCUUACCAUUAAUACUAUAUUCUGCCAUCAUAUUUGACCUACCAAAAUUAACCACUUCACACUUAUCUGGGUUGAACUCCAUCUGCCAUGAUGAACUAGUAUUACUUUUUUUUAAACUCCUUUAUCCAUAUUACAUUCAAUGAUUUGCUGCAUAUGGGAAAUCAUUUUAAACAACAUAGCUCACGUGGUAUAAACUUUAAUUGUUGUAAUAGUGCUGAACUGUAAAGCUUAAAUACAGUAUAUUUUAUCUGAAAUAUAAAUUACACUUAGUUUUCCUCAUUGUCUGUAUUUAUAAAAAAAUAACCAUGGCUCCUGGAUGAAGAAUUAAUGUCAUACCAUUUUAGUAAUAAAAUUCUUUAAAAGAUUGUGGAACCAAAUUUGAGUUCCAGACAAAAUGUAUAAAUGAAACUAAUGUUUAAAAUAUGACUAUGGUACAAAGAUAAUCCCUAAUUUUGAUUUUCAUUAACUUUGUUAGGACUUUGCGCUAGUUUAACACAACUACAGUCAAGGAGUCGCAGAGCACAAAAAGAUCCUUUGGCCCACUUGUGUGCAAGCUAACAAUCAAGUACCCCUCUAUACUAAUCCCAUUUACUAACACUUGACCUGAGGCUUCUCUGCCUUGGCAAUUCAUGUGCUUAUCUAUAUCUUCUUAAAUGCUGUGGGACUCACCUGCAGUGUAUUCCAGAUUCCAAUCAUUCUCUCUGUGAAAAAUUCUUCCUCAGAUCUCUUCUAAACCAAUGCCCUCUAGUUUUAGAUACCUCUACUAUGGAGACAUUUCCUCUAAGCUGCUCAAAAUUUUAUAUAACACUAUCAAUUUCCUCCUUCAGCCUCCUGUUCUCCAAGGGAAAGUCGAUCCAGUCUCUCUUCAUAACUGAAAUGCUCCUUCCCUAGCAAAAUUCUGGUGAACCUCUUCUGUACCCUCUCCAGUGCAAUCACUUCCUAACUAUAAUGUGGCAACCAGAACCAUGCUCUAUCAAUGGCCUAAUCAAUGUUUUAUAAAGUUGUACCACAACCUCCCUGCUCUUGUAUUUUUUUCCCUCAGCUAAUGAAAGCAAACAUCUGAUAUGCUGCCUUCACCAUUUUAUCA